AUGGAGUCCUUCUUCCACAUCCAAGGCGCCCCCGCAUCCCCUCUUGCACCCCUCAUCCUCAUCCACCCUAUCUCCGGCAUUGCUCUCCCCUACCUAACGCUCGGUCCCCUCUCCUCUCCCACCAACCACCAACAUUCGCGCCCCGUCUACGGUCUCAGCUGCCCCUUCUACGAAUCCAAAUCAUAUCAACUACCAGCGUCCUUCGCCGCCCUCGCUCGCGAUUAUGUCGAUCGUAUAAGGAAAGAAAUACCACACGGCCCAUACAUUCUGGGCGGCCUGUCGAUGGGCGGCAUGAUAGCCAUCAAAAUGGCCGAGGUACUUGAAGAAGAGUGUGAAAUGGUGUUGGGGGUGUUGUUGAUUGAUAGCACAAAUCCCGAGGGAUACCCUCCCUUCGACGACCCACGCGAAAGAGACGAGAUUGCGGAGUGGACAUACAAGACUUAUGCGGGUCGGACUGGGCUACCCGGUUUUGAGGAGAUGGGCUGCGAAGAAGACGGCGUGCUGGACGGGGAGGUGGAUAAGGAUAGUGGGCUGGGAGAUGAAGAAGAUGAUGAUGAUGAGAUGGAUAUGAUGGAAUACCUGCCCAGGAUGCGGAAGCAUAUCUACAACAGCUUGGACAUGGUUACCCGGGCUGGGGAAGGAGAAUAUUUGCCCAAGGGAGUCAAGAGUCCUGUGACACUGGUGAAAUGUACACAACUCGCCUCGCUACCGGAGACGGUGUCCGAGUACAGGAAGAAGGGUUAUCACUUCCGCUUCCAGGACGAGCGAGCUGGAUGGACGGUGGACAAAUUCCAGAGCAUACCAAUAGAUGCGCAGCACGAGGCUGUCUUCGAUAGCCAGCACGUGGGCAGGGUCACCGACAUCCUUAGGGGAGUGCUGGAAGAGAUGGACUGA